AUGGGCAAGCGCAAGCAGCGCGACCCGGGCGGGUACGCGGCGGACGGCGGCACGGAUGGCUACCCGCCGCCACCGCUCCUCGAGAACGAGCACUUUGAGACGUACUACCGCGGUCUCGGCCUCGUGCCGCCGUCCGAGUGGGACGCCUUCUUGGCGGCGCUACGCACGCCGCUCGGCGUCUCGUUCCGCAUCACGGGGCGGCCCGACGACCCGACCGCCCUCGCGCUGCGGGACUGGAUGGAGCGCAAGCACGUGCAGCGGAUGCAACAGCUCGUCGUGCCCGGCGCUGGCGCGGUUCCACCGCCGACACCGAUCCCGUGGCUGCCCGGAAGGCUGGCGUGGCGGUUCGACGUGUCGCGCGCGACGCUGCGCGGCAAGGGCGUCCGCCGCGCCGACGCCGACGGCCCGGCCCAGGACCCGACGCCAGAGGAGGCGGCGUCCAAGUCGACGCUCGCGGCGUUCCACGAGUUCUUGACGCAGGAGGUGGAGCUCGGCAACAUGAGUCGGCAGGAGGAGGUUUCGAUGGUGCCCCCGGAGGUGCUGGAGGUCCGCCCCGGCCAGCGCGUCCUCGACAUGUGCGCCGCGCCCGGUUCGAAAACGCAGCAGCUCCUCGAGUGCUCCGCCGGCUCGCUCGCCGCCACGUGCGGAGGAAUGGUGAUCGCCAACGACGCAGAGUACAGGCGGUGCCAUCUGCUUGUGCACCAGGCUAAGCGGCUGAACUCGCCGCUUCUCGUCGUCACCAACCACGACGCGCAGAUGCUCCCCACGCGGCUGGAUGUCGACGGCAGCGGCCGGUUGCGCUUUGAUCGCAUCCUGUGCGACGUCCCGUGCUCGGGGGACGGAACGCUGCGCAAGUGCCCCGACCUGUGGCGGCGGUGGAACGAGAAGCUGGCGUGGGGCGUCCAUCGGCCCAAUAGCGCGCCCUUGCUGCAGCUCGCAAUCCUCUCGCGCGGCUUGUCGCUGCUGCAGCCGGGCGCGCCGGCAGACCCUGGCGGUCCCAGCCAGCCUUGUCUGGACGCAGAGGCGGUGGUGGCGCGGGCUCUGCUCAAGGCCAACGCCGAGGAGUCACUGGCCGGAGGAGUCACGCUUGUGCGCACCGACGAGCUGCUUCCCGGCCUCAAGCGGCAUGCUGGGGUGGGCUCGUGGCGCGUCUUUGCAAACGGCCGCUUCUUUGAGUCCGUGGAGGCGCUCCGGGCCGAGGUUGGCGACAAGGCGUGUGACUCUUUCUUCCCGCCGCCGCCGGACGUCGCGUCCGAGCUCCACCUGGAGCGAACGAUGCGGGUCCUGCCCCACCAGCAGGACACGGGCGGCUUCUUCAUCGCAGUCUUCGAAAAGGCGCCCGUGGGCAGCGGGGGGGGUGAGGGGGGUGGAGCGGCGGACGCGGCGGACGCGGCGAUGGCGGCGGAGGAGGCUGCGGGAGCGGCGGAAACGCAGGCCGCGGCGAGGGGCAAGGAGGGUGCGGGGGUUCGGGCGGCACACGGCGAGGAGGGCUCCGCAGCCCUCGCCGUCGGCGAGGGCGGCGAGGAAGGCGGUGUGCCGUGCGGAGGCGCCGACGAGGCUGGUUGCGUCAUCGACGAGGUGGCGGAGCGGGAGAAGGGGCAGCAGCACGGCCUCUGCUACGCCUUCCAGAACGGGUCUUGCCUCCGCGGCGCAGCCUGUCGCUUUGGGCACGUCCUCGGAGGCGCGGACGCGGGCGCGGGCUCACGGUCGCUGCCCAAGGGCGCGAAGCUCGCCCCACACGUGCGGGCGGUGUUGCACUGCUCGCCGCGCAACAAUGGCAAGUACGAUGCGAUCUUUUCGCUCGCUGACUCGUUUCUGGGGCAGGUGCGCGAGUUCUUCGGCCUCGGAGGCGCGUUCCCCUUCGACCAGCUAAUUGCGCGCUCUGCCACGGGCAAGAGUGUGAUCUUCCUUGCCCCCGCGCUGCUGGCGCUGCUGCGGAGCGACGUGCAGACCAAGCUCAAACUCGUCAACACCGGCGUGCGUUUGCUCGAGAAGUGUGACGACCCGCUCAUGCCCUUUGGCUUCCGGCUAACGUGCGAGGGCGUGCCUUGCUUGCUGCCAUACAUGACGAAGCAGCUCCUUUUCCUUUCGACGCCCGAGCUGCGCGCUUUGCUCACGCGCCGCUCGCUCGCGCCCGACGUUGGCAACCCUUCCUUGGUCGCUGCUCUCGAGACGGCGGCCGCUGGCUCUGUGGCAAUUGUGCACGACCCCCAGGGGCGGCGCGCGUUCGAUCCGACCGCGUUUCCCCUGCAGCUCUCUCUCGCAGCGACGCGCACGGACCGCUCGCCACCCACUCUAACGCUGCACCUCAAGAAGUCGGAGUGCGAUUCGAUGCUCCAUCGGCUGGCGCCCGCGCGGUAG